GGGUGACGUCACCGCGCACUGGCUGAUGCACCCGCUUCCGGUACUGAGUCACGGUGAGACGGGACAGAAUGGCUCCGCCGGGAGAGUGCAAGAUGGUGGGGGACGGGGCCGAGCAGAUGGAUAUGGAUGAAUCACGUGGAGGCAGUGGCCUGAGACAGUAUUAUUUGUCAAAGAUUGAGGAUCUACAGUUGGUUGUCAAUGAUAAAAGCCAGAACUUGAGACGUCUUCAAGCACAGAGAAAUGAACUAAAUGCUAAAGUGCGUCUCCUGCGCGAGGAGUUGCAGUUACUGCAGGAACAGGGUUCCUAUGUCGGGGAGGUAGUCAGAGCCAUGGAUAAGAAAAAGGUGCUGGUGAAGGUCCAUCCAGAGGGGAAGUUUGUUGUGGAUAUUGAUAAGAAUAUUGAUAUAAAUGAUGUGACUCCAAAUUGCAGAGUUGCUUUGAGGAAUGACAGUUACACCCUGCAUAAAAUCCUACCCAAUAAGGUGGACCCACUGGUGUCACUGAUGAUGGUGGAGAAGGUUCCAGACUCCACAUAUGAGAUGAUUGGUGGUUUGGACAAGCAAAUCAAAGAGAUAAAGGAAGUUAUUGAGCUGCCAGUCAAACACCCAGAGCUUUUUGAGGCAUUGGGAAUUGCACAGCCAAAGGGAGUGCUACUUUAUGGUCCCCCAGGUACCGGGAAGACACUGUUGGCUCGUGCUGUGGCCCAUCACACAGACUGCACGUUUAUCCGUGUGUCUGGAUCUGAACUUGUGCAAAAGUUUAUUGGGGAAGGUGCCCGCAUGGUACGAGAGCUUUUCGUCAUGGCUCGUGAACAUGCUCCUUCCAUUAUCUUCAUGGAUGAAAUUGAUUCUAUUGGAUCCUCACGUUUGGAAGGAGGUUCUGGGGGAGAUAGCGAGGUCCAACGUACAAUGCUUGAGUUGCUGAACCAACUGGAUGGCUUUGAGGCUACAAAAAAUAUUAAGGUCAUCAUGGCAACCAACAGAAUUGAUAUAUUGGACUCUGCAUUACUGCGGCCAGGCCGCAUCGAUAGGAAGAUCGAGUUCCCUCCUCCUAAUGAAGAGGCACGUUUGGACAUUCUUAAAAUCCAUUCCCGUAAAAUGAAUCUGACACGAGGGAUAAACCUGCGUAAAAUUGCUGAGCUGAUGCCUGGAGCUUCAGGAGCAGAAGUGAAGGGUGUGUGUACAGAGGCUGGGAUGUAUGCCUUGCGUGAGAGGAGGGUACACGUUACUCAGGAAGACUUUGAAAUGGCUGUUGCAAAGGUGAUGCAGAAAGACAGCGAGAAGAACAUGUCUAUAAAGAAACUGUGGAAGUGAACCUGCAGGGAACUCCUCCUAGAAGCGGUCUGCAGUCUUGUGUGUACAGCUGCUGCCAGUGACUACCAUCUCUCAGCCUCCCUUGUGUUAGUCAUAGCACUACAGGGCACACACACUAUUUGGAGAACUGUGCUGUCAUUGUCACCACCAUAUUGUAAACUUCAGGCAAACAGGAGGGGCUCUGCACAUGUUGAGAUUCUUGCCAAUUUCCAACUUUAAUGAACACAUGAUAAUUGGUUGUUGGUCCUAUCCCCCUUGCAUGUGUUUGGAGCCCUUAUUCAAUAUUCAGGAUGUGUGAAUGAGCACUUGGGUAUGGCUGAAGCAGCAAGUAAGUGAGAGCUGUAGUAUAUAUCUAUUCAGUUACUAGAAAACUAAUACCAUAUUUGUUUUUUGUAUUAUUGAAGUUGAAUCUCUAUGCUCUGUUUUUAAUAAAGAACAGAACAAAUAAAAAAAGAAGCGUUUAUUUAUUAACCAGUUAACAGUUUUGCAAGCAACAAAGAAAUAUUCACUAUUGAUACACAUAUAGAUCACACUCCCAUAGGUUUGUAUAUGUAAACUGCACAUCACUUGAAGACCAUACAUACAACUACUGCAGCCAUUAAAAUGUUUGCCCCUCACAUACAUUGUAUGCACCUUUCCUGUGGGCGUUGUUAUGAAUGAGGAUGUAGUGAACUCUCAGAGCCAGUGCUGCACCCCAGUGAUCAGUGAUGUCACUACAUUAUAGUGGAGGGAUAGGCUGCAUCCUCAUGAACCUUGGCUUAGCCAACAAAAUGGAUGCAUGCAUGGUUUUGUUGGCGACUGGCAUACUCUAAAGUAACCAACCUUUAAUGGGUCACAAGCAGACUUUGGUAAGGAUGUAAGUACUGAAAUGCAAAUAUGUGCUACCAUCCAUGACUUAUCUUUCAGUAACUUGGCAUAAAAGAACACUCCAGGUUAUAGAGGUAUUAUAAAAAGAUAUAACAGUUUAUGCUUACAGGGAAUGCAAAUAUAGGUCUCAGUUUAUCUGAACCAUUUCGAAAGUCAUGCAGAAUAAAGUAGAUGGCCCUUUUUUGUUUUGCAUGUUUACUCACAACCACAUCCUUGUAGAAAAGCAGGGAUGAUAAUAAAAACUACUGUGCUUCUACACCAUUAGCUCUAACCCAAGACCGCUAUAUAUUGUUUUUACAAUUUUGCACUUAGAAUAAUUUUAAAAGAUCUCUUUUUAGUGCUGAUUAUUUUUAUUUUUUUCUGGCUGUAGUAUUCUUCCUUCUGUAAGGUGCACAGUGAGUUAGGACAAGCCAUAGUAAUCUCACCCCUCCUCCCUCAUUGCCUGAAGGUGGGGAACACUGAGCAGAUCAUUCUGUGAACUCCUAAUGCAAGUAGCCAGUCCUUACCUCUCCCGUGUAGCUCAAGAGAAGUAGAUGAGCACUUGUGGAGAGAUUGGAUCUUGGUGACGUCAGGAAAUGGGAAUAUGUUUCUUUUUUGUAUAUGAACACUGUCAUAUUGCUGACAUGUGUGACCUUAAAAUAAUCAUGAUGCCCCAAUAUUAAAAAGGACUUUAUCAGUAUACUAGUUAAUUUGGUUGAAUGACUGUGAUCAAGCUGAAUGCAGCCAUCUUCUACAUGUGCUAAUCGGUUCCAACAUAGGCCAAGAGUGAUCGGGCUGAAUAUUUAGGCUGAUAAGCCUGCAUUGUGAUCUCUUAAAUUACAUUGAAGCAAUUGCAGACAAUUGUCUUAUGUAUCAGAACUCUAUAUAAUAAAACACUACAGAAACAUUUGCAAGCCCCCAUAAAGCUUCAUCUUUGGUCCAAGUAAAUGGAUUUGCUCCUGCACACAAUCAAUAGGACACACCCUGAGAAAGGAACACUGGCUCCAUGUUGCAAGGCAAAUUCACAGCAUCCUCCCCAUGCACUUCCCUUGUGCUAGAAGGGGGUAAAGUUUACACAAUGGACCAGCAGAGGGAGAUAAUAUAUUCUUGUAGACAUCACUGCUGGUGACUUGUAGAAAAAUAUUAGUGCAAAGAUUUGUUUUUGUGUUUAUAAGCUUUGUAUAUUAUGGUAUAUAACUGAUGAGGGAAAAAAAUUAAACCCCACCACAUUUUCCCUGAAACCUGAAGCUUUCAACCCCCCACCAGUGCAAAUAAAAUGUUUGCAUGUAAAACAAUAAAAAAUAACAUAAAACUA